GGGGAGGCGAUGGGAUCAGCUGUGAUCGAUGCAUUGUCGGAGUCCGGAGGGGAGGAGGGCGAGUAUGAGAGUGAUAGCGAUGGGACAUCGACGCUGGCUUUGAGAAGGAGAGCUGCCAGUGAUGACGAGGAAGACGAGGGAGGUAGUCAGAGACGGGACCCGGUCGGAGGCGAGGAGAGAGUGCAUCAUCAAGAUGCGGCCUCGUCUGUCGACGAAGAGGGUUCUAGGUUGCCGUACUCGGACGACGAAGAGGCGGAUAUAGAGGGAGCGCCUCCUUUGUACGAGGAAGAUGAAGAGGAGGAAGAGUUGUUGGAGGAAGAAGACCAAGAGCAGCAAAGAGAAGGCCUGUCACGGCAGCUCUUGAGGAGGAGGAGGAGGAAAGGAAGCGACGAAGAGGAGGAAGAGGAGGAAGAAGUCGAUGAUGCCGCAAGGAUUAUCGAAGGAGAGGAAGGGAGUGGUGGAGGAACCAAGCAAGUGAAGAGUCCAGCUAGGGUCGAGGCAGGUACAGGACCCGUGCCUACCGACGCUAAGGAAGUCAACGAGGAGGAGAAGAAGGAAGCUGAGCCUUUUGUGGUACCCACUGCAGGAGCAUUUUAUAUGCACGACGACAGAUUUCGGGAUAAUGGCGGUGCCAGGCCAAGGAGGAGCAUGGGUGGUAGGAAAUUGUGGGAAGCAAAGGACGACAAGCUGUGGGUGCAUGACCUUUUUGAAGAGCUAAACUUGCAAAACGAGAAAAUGACCGGCGAGGGCUUUCACAAAGGUGGAAGAGGGAGAGGAAGAGGUCGAGGUAGAGGAAGAGGUCGUGAGAGAGGUGGGAGAAUGAACAAUCAUGAAGAUGUCGGUGGAAUGCGGUCACAGCCUUUAGGAAGAGGACGUGUUUCGAAGGCAGAGACUUCUGAUUCCGCUGCUGGUGCCACCAACUAUGGCUCCAAGUCGUCACAAGAAGCAACGUCAGCCAAUGCGACGGAUGCAGAUAUAUCUGGACAAAGUGGCAAGGAACCAGACAGUAGUGUUUCAAAGAAGCUUACAAGUGGUUCCUAUCUGAACUCUGCUUCACCUCCGUUCAUCCCAUCCGGAGCCCUGCAGCAAAAGCUCUCCACAAAAGUGGAGUCUUCAGGAGACACUGGAGUCACUGCUGCUGCAGGCCGUAGUCAGACCAAGGGGAGAGAGCAAUAUGGAAGUGGAUCAACAGGGCCGGCGAUGAAAGCUAGAGUAGGAACUGAGAAAACUACUCCAGCCAAGCCACAAGGAGGCCAAGGACGAGGAUCUGUUCCUCAGGGCACAGCGUAUUACUCUUGGAAUCAGGCCGAAGCAGGUGCACCCUCUAGUGUGUAUCAACAAGUUCCGAAAGCAAAUCCUGCUGGUUCAAGUCAACAACAGCAAGUGGAUGUGAAGUCUCAACGGAAUCAAGAUGUGAAUAGACCCGCCGGUGGGCCUAUUCCAGCACAACAGUCUGUCAGAGGAGUGGCUGCACAGGAGCAAGCCACGCCGUUUAUGCGCUCACCUCAAAAUCAGGGUCAACAAGCGCACGGACAGCCUUCAGUUUCUCGGUCCUCACCGCGUCCAAGUUCGAGUAAUCACGUGCAGGUGCCUAACAGUACACGGUACAAAAACAGUGGGGGUGGAAGAGGGGCAAGAAUGGGAAACAUGACAGUGGGAGGUAGAGGGUCUUAUGUUUUUGCGGGUGCUUCUAUUGGAGGUGCAGGGGCUGGUUUACAAGUUGGGGAGCCAGGAUUUCAACCUACACCGGCCGUGGGUACUGUUUCAGUACCGUAUGGGGCCCAAGCUCCUGCGGGCAUUGGAGUUCCUGCGGUUGGUUUGCCAAUUCCUAAUUAUCCGUAUGGGUUUCCUAACUCGGAGGUCACAUGGGUGCCAGUCUUGGCCGGCGGUGGAGCAAUAGGAGGUGCUUACGGAGCACCCUAUAUUGCCCUGGAAGGAGCUCCUUCGCACAUGUAUUACACCCAACCGUCGGCACAACCCGUGCCAUAUCAUCUUCCUGGGAGAGAUAUGAACGGCGCAAAGCCGCCAGGUGGCCUGUGGAAGCCUCCUCCCAGCCCAGAGCUUGGAACAGAUGAAUUCGAGCAGCGCCAGAGCAAGCCUCGAAGAUACUCUGAGAUGAACUUUGGUCAAUAAUGAGUUUCUCAGAGUCCAUCUCUUGAGAUCGACUGCUAUCGGUGUAUGCGGAAGUGAUUUUUCAAGCUACAGAGGAUGGGAUCCUUCCAGUCUGUCUCGCCGCAAGGGCAGUGCUCCGUGACUUUUGCUGUUUAGGAAGCUUUUGUAUCCAGAGCUUGCAAUCCAAUCAAUCAUCAGUGACCUGGGACCUUCAUUCUUACCUCAUCUUAUCGAUCGUAAGAGAACGUGUAAAUGAAGCUGGACGGAGGAACAUAUGACGGAAGUCGUAUCUCCUACCUUUAUUGUGGUGCACAACUAACUAUGAGCCGUUUCAUCUCCUUAAAGUAUAUCUGCCAACUCGGAUUUUAGUUGAAUUGUGAAAUUCUGAGCGAGACUAGGAGCUCCACAAGAAACCUGGGAGGUACUUUGGUGUGGUUUCUCACACCCAGGAGAUUAGGAAGAACCACGUAUGACAUUAUAAAUUGCAUGAUCAAGGGUUGGGUGUAACAUGUGAACUCUGUGCUCCCUGGUUUUUGCAAUAAAUGGAGAUUUACUUUCUGGCUUCACAUGUCUUUUGGAGGAAGUAAAAUUCUCGGGUAUCCUCUGCAAGCAAAGUGGUUCAAACGAAGUAAGGGU